AGAGCGCCACUAAAAGCCACGACGCAGAGCUAGGAUGGUAAACCCGACGAGGGCCCAGAGGAGCAGAACCUAGAACGGGGCAUCAGCAUCCUGAUGUGUCACACUGGACCCAGGCCUCGGCGGAGCGCACGGAAGACAACUCCCCAGCUCGCAGGACCAACCUAAAAUGCCCAGAGGGAAUCUGGAAAAGUUAUAAGCAAAACAUCAUUUCUCUAAGAAAAUUCUGGAUAACAGAAGUUCUGAGUAACAGGACAAACCAAUUCCAUCACCAUGAGUUGGAGCUUCCUGACUCGCCUGCUAGAGGAGAUCCACAACCAUUCCACAUUCGUGGGGAAGAUCUGGCUCACUGUACUGAUUGUCUUCCGGAUUGUCCUUACAGCUGUAGGAGGAGAAUCCAUCUAUUAUGAUGAGCAAAGCAAAUUUGUGUGCAACACGGAGCAGCCAGGCUGUGAGAAUGUCUGCUAUGACGCCUUUGCACCCCUCUCCCAUGUGCGCUUCUGGGUAUUCCAGAUCAUUUUGGUGGCAACCCCCUCGGUGAUGUACCUGGGCUACGCCAUUCAUAAGAUUGCCAAGAUGGAGCAUGGCGAAGCAGACAAGAAAACAGCUCGGAGCAAACCCUAUGCAAUGCGUUGGAAACAGCACCGGGCUCUGGAAGAAACAGAAGAGGACCAUGAGGAGGAUCCCAUGAUGUAUCCGGAAAUGGAAUUGGAAAGUGAAAAAGAAAAUAAAGAGCAGAACCAACCUAAACCCAAGCACGAUGGCCGCCGGCGGAUUCGGGAGGACGGGCUUAUGAAAAUCUACGUGCUGCAGUUGCUGGCAAGGACCGUGUUUGAGGUGGGUUUUCUGAUAGGGCAGUAUUUUCUGUAUGGCUUCCAAGUCCACCCAUUUUAUGUGUGCAGCAGACUUCCUUGCCCUCAUAAGAUAGACUGCUUUAUUUCGAGACCCACUGAAAAGACCAUCUUCCUUCUGAUAAUGUAUGGUGUUACAGGCCUUUGCCUAUUGCUUAACAUUUGGGAGAUGCUUCAUUUAGGGUUUGGGACAAUUCGAGACUCACUAAACAGUAAAAGGAGGGAACUGGAAGAUCCGGGUGCUUAUAAUUAUCCCUUCACUUGGAAUACACCAUCUGCUCCCCCUGGCUAUAACAUUGCCGUCAAACCAGAUCAAAUCCAGUACACCGAACUGUCCAACGCUAAGAUUGCCUACAAGCAAAACAAGGCCAACAUCGCCCAGGAACAACAGUACGGCAGCCAUGAGGAGAACCUCCCAGCUGACCUGGAGACUCUGCAGCGGGAGAUCAAAAUGGCUCAGGAGCGCUUGGAUCUAGCAAUCCAGGCCUACAGUCACCAAAACAACCCUCAUGGUCCCCGGGAAAAAAAAGCCAAAGUGGGGUCCAAAGCUGGGUCCAACAAGAGCAGUGCUAGUAGCAAAUCAGGGGAUGGAAAGACCUCCGUCUGGAUUUAAUCUUGGCUGGGAUUAAAACUUGUGCUCUUCCAUAGUCCGUGGUAAGCAGCGGCUCACUGAAUAAUGGCCUCCGUUGAGUAAACAUUUGGCUCUGGUUAUCUUCAGGGAUGCUGUUGGCUCAUGAUCCACGCUCAGGGGACUCUGAAAGCGGGGCUGGGACAAGGGGGAGAAAAGGGGAAACACCAUGUUCGUGGGCACAUAUUUCAGCAAUAAUACUGUUACAGAACUUUACAUUUGUGUCUUCCAGAUCUGGAAAAAAAACAGAUAUAUUUAAAUCAUUCUUGUUGAAAAGUUUUUGUAUGUACAGUAUUAUGGUACAUUUUUUUAGUAUGAGUACUUUUUUUUGUAUUUGUAUAUUGGACCGCUGUAGUUACACUUUUAUAUUAAAGGGAAAAAAAUCCUUAAGGUAA